AUGUUGCUUCGAGACUCCUCAGGAUGGACUCUCCUCUUUUUGGUUCUCCUUUUUGCUGCUCCUUACCGUUACAAGCAAGAACAACCAGCAAUCGAAUCUUCUCCCCAAGAAAUCUACAUGCACAGACUAGUUCUCAUUGGUUUGGGAAUUUUUGGGACGUUAAUCUAUACCUUAGGCCCUGUCGUCUUCAUGCUUUUUCUGCCCUCUGGUGGACUCCGUGCCUUCGUCCUGUGCACCUUAACCUUUCUCUCCCCGUUUUGGGCGCUGGUUAUCGUUUGGAGCUGCCGCGUGCCAAUCCUAGACUCAAACCUCUCAGAGUCUUUCGUGAUAGGGCAACACGUUCUUGGUUGGACGUGGUCAGCAGCCCUGUGGAGUGUCGCAACAGUGGUUUUAGGAGAAUCACCCGACGGUAUAUGGCUCUUCGCCAUCGUCAUCAUGGGAGUGAUGGGUUUCCUUUUUGUAAUUGAUCCAUUUUAUCGGGCAGUCCUGCGCAAGUUUGGGCCACACGAAUUGCGUUUCACGGAGCCUCCUCGCAAAGUUACCCUCGAGUUGUUUCGGUUUUUACGACUGGCCAUUACUGCAACGCUCACCAGGCUGGUUCAAAGGAUACGUGAUUGGGUCGUAGCUCGAAUGGUUCGUGCAAGUACAGCUCCACGCUCCCAACUCAAAGGCACUCACACUCUGGCUGAUAAAUCUUUCUCUCCUGUGUAG